UUUGAUCUCCCAGCAGGUAGCGCGCUGUCGCAUCAACAUGUCUUCUCUGCAGAAGCAACUUUUGAAGAAUAAACUGCCUCCAAUGGUGCCAAGAGGUUUUGGAAGCGCCUCAAGGGCCAGGCAAAACAUGCGAAAAAGAGAGUACACUCCACUUACAUGGCAAAAAUACUUCACAGAGGCCAAAGACGUCCAAGUGUCGCAAGAGAACGUAUUUCGGGUUUAUAUGAAAGGAUCAACUGGGCCAUUGCUUCUAAUGCUACAUGGAGGGGGCUACAGCGGCCUCACGUGGUCAUUAUUUGCUGAGUACAUAGUCCAAAUGGCAGAGUGUCAAGUGGCUGCUGUCGACAUUCGUGGUCACGGUGAGACAGUGACAACGGAUGAGACUAACCUCUCAGCUGACAUGCUUUCAAAUGACAUCGGGGCCAUAUACAACACCAUGUAUCCAGACACCAUGUGUCAACCUCCGGUAAUACUUAUUGGCCACAGCAUGGGCGGUGCGGUGGCCGUGCACACAGCUGCAAAGGGUUCUAUCUACAAUCUUUUAGGUCUCAUCGUCUUAGAUGUCGUGGAAGGAACAGCAAUCGACGCCCUUCAGAGCAUGCAGACAUUCCUAAAGGGACGACCACAGACGUUCUCCUCUCUCGAGUACGCUAUAGAGUGGUGCGUUCGUAGUGGGCAAGUACGAAAUUUAGAAUCUGCCAGAGUAUCGAUGCCAAGUCAACUAAAAAACAUGAAGACCGGUCAGCCAGCCACGAAAGAACUAUGCGAGCCACAAGCAACAUCACCCAGAGGGGAGGAGCUAGAGGCACACGACUCCCCAGUUAUCCAUUCACCCAACAGCAUUGCGGAAGAGGUUGAAGAAGACGGGCAUCACGCAUCUCACGAGAGCUCACAUUUCACGUCGCCAUACGCAACACCGCAGCAGGAAAAUACGGUCAAGUACACGUGGAGGAUAGACUUGUCGAAGACAGAGGAGCACUGGAGAGGUUGGUUCGCCGGGCUGUCGUCAUUAUUUUUAUCGGUUCCAGUCCCAAAGCUGCUCUUACUUGCAGGUGUUGACAGGCUAGAUCGGGACCUUACCAUCGGACAGAUGCAAGGCAAGUUCCAAAUGCAGGUUCUACCACAGUGUGGUCACGCAGUUCACGAAGAUGUUCCCGACAAGGUCGCCGAAGCUGUUGCCACAUUUCUUGUGCGUAACAAGUUUACGGAACCGUUAUCAGGAUUUCAAAGGUGAGCAGUAGGACCCUGCACGUCAACCUGACCAAAUACAGGACAUUUCCAGCGUGUUAAAAAUGCAUGUGUGGCUGUGACAACAUAACUUAUGGUGUUGUAAAACAAAAAUAAAUCAACCUUGAGUAAAGUUUC